UUUGUUUUUGUAUAUUAUUAAUAUUUUAUACAAUAUCAUUAAUUUUAAAUAAUUGUUUUCUAGUUUAAACUAACUUUCUUACUCGAAAUAAAAUAAUUUGCAGAGAAAUGUUACAUUUUUCACGAAAUAAUUUAUGUUUAGCUUUUUUUUUAUUUAACUAUUCAUUGGAUGCAUUAGACAAUGGAUUAGCACUAACUCCACCUAUGGGAUGGCUUGCUUGGCAAAGAUUUAGAUGCACAAUUGAUUGUGAAACAUUUCCAGAUGAAUGUAUUAGUGAAGAGUUAUUCAAAAGAGCAGCAGAUUUAUUAGUUAGUGAAGGUUAUGCUAAUGUUGGAUAUGAAUAUGUUAUCAUUGAUGAUUGUUGGUUAGAAGCUAAUCGUUCUGCCGAAGGAAAAUUACAAGCUGAUAAAAAAAGAUUUCCAAAUGGAAUCAAAGCUUUGGCAGAAUAUAUACAUUCUAAAGGAUUGAAGUUGGGAAUUUAUGAAGAUGUGGGAACUAAAACUUGUGAGGGUUACCCUGGAAUUGAAGGGCAUGAAGAAAUGGAUGCUAAUACAUUUGCUGAAUGGGAUAUUGAUUAUAUAAAAAUUGAUGGAUGUUUUAUAGAUGAGCGUAGAAUGGAUAAAGGUUUUCCUCAAUUUGGAAAAUUUUUAAACAAAACCGGAAGACCAAUUGUAUAUUCAUGUUGUUGGCCAUUUUAUCAAGAUUGGAAAGGAAUUAAUGUAAAUUAUAAACUUGUGUCUGAGAAUUGUAAUUUAUGGAGAACUAAUGGAGAUAUUCAGGAAUCAUAUUCAUCAUUAAUGAAUAUUGUGGAUAUGAUUGCUUUGAAACAAGACUCUUGGGUUUUAAAUGCAGGUCCAGGACAUUGGAAUGAUCCUGAUAUGCUGUUAAUUGGAAAUUUUGCUUUGAGUUAUGAGCAGAGCAAAACUCAGAUGGCUCUAUGGGCUAUUUUAGCAGCUCCUCUAAUGAUGUCAAAUAAAUUAUCCUCUGUACGUUUAGAAUACAAAAGUAUACUUCAAAACACAGAUAUUAUAAAAGUAAAUCAGGAUAAGCUUGGAAUACAAGGAAGAAGAAUAUACAAGGAUCAAGGAAUUGAAGUGUGGGUUAGGCCAGUUGAACCAAAAAGUGAAAAAUAUUACUCUUAUGCUAUUGCAUUUGUCAAUCGUAGAACAGAAGGUACUCCAUACUUGUAUAGUACCUCAUUAAGAGAUCUUGGAUUAAUAAAUCCUGAAGGUUAUAUCAUAAAAAAUUUGUACUCAAAUCAUACAGUUUCUAAAUUUUUAGAGCCCAAUUCAUUGAUUAAAGUUUUAACGAAUCCUACAGGUAACAUAUUAUUGUUUAAUAACAUAGUGCUAUUAAAGCUCAGAUUAUCAUUAAUAAAUUUUAAAUGGUGAUGUUAUUUGUAAUAUUAAAUAUUACAAUUUUUAUGUUAU